AGUGUUAGAAAACGUUUCUCACACGCGCCGUCGGCUUUGCAGCUCGCAGAUCUCCUUGUUGUUGCUGUUGCUCCCAUGCAGAAUGACAACGACAAUCACAACAACAGCAGCGACAACAACAACAAGAUCAACUCUAUAUAGCUAUAGCCAAUGCCAAUGCAGGUUAUCAACAUCCGUAAAGCGCUGCAAUCGCCAACGGUGUUCAAAUGUUGAUUUCUUCCUGCCGGCCAACGGAUAUCCGUGCGGAUUUUAUAGCUGCAGCACCAGCAGCAGCAGCAGCAGCAGUCACAGCAGCAACAGCAACAGCAACAAGAGCAACAACUGCAGCAGCAGCAGCAGCAACUAGACUACGUUGUACAAUUAAACUCGAAGAGGCUAGCAAAUUGAUGCUGCAACAACAACUACAACCAUAUACAACUUCAAGCAUGUUUAUAAAUCCUGCCUUUGAACAUUUCUUAACUCAAAGACAGCAGAAAUAACAAAAAUAUCAGCAUAUAGGAAGAAGAAGAGAAAGCAGACGAGAAUCUAUUGUAAAGCACCACCAAAACUGAAGCAAGACAACGACAAGAGCAACACAAGUGAAUCAGUUAACAGUUAUGAGAGAGAAAGACCACUCACCAAGAAAGAUGCUUCCUAGCCCAAAACAGGGCUGUGUUUACCCUGCCUUAGGAUUAAUACCCACAUCGUAUAUAUCACAUGUACCUUAUGAUCUGUCCGCCUCGACGACGGCGGCCAUAGCCAGCAGCAGCAUGACGACAACAGCAGCAGCGCGCCACCAACAACAACAACAGCAACAGCAACACCAGCAACAGCAGCAACAACAACAAUCACAUCAUGGCAACAAGGCGAAGCGACGCAGCAGCUACGAUCAGCCGCUGGACCUGCGACUGGCCCACAAGCGACGGCAGCCCGUCAAGCUGCAGGAGGAGGAGGAGGAGACGCUGGAGCCGCAGCCGCUGGAGGAUGAGAACAGCAAUCUAAUCCUGUUCGCUAACGAGCUGGCGGUGCAGCGCAAGGAGAAGGAGCUGAACAACAAUCACAUAGCCGCCUCGCUGGCCGACCUGGGCUUCGACAUGAGCCGCAAGAUGCUGCGUGCGCUGCGCGAGGGCGUCACCGCGUCGCCCCCAGCGCCAGCGCCCAAUGCCAUUGUCGCUGCUGGCGUGCACUCGACGCUGCUGGAGGCGAUGACCAAGACGCUGCCGCUACAGUAUCGCAAUGUGUUUGCGCCGCCGACGGGCGCGCCAACGGGCGCGACGUGUCCGACGGCGUCGGAGUUUGCGUUUCGCCAUCCGCUCAAGAAGAGCGACCUGAGCUGGCCGCCCAGCGAGCAGCAACAGCAGCAGCAUCAGCUGAAGCUGGAGCAACUGAAGCUGGACUUGCCCACGGGCACGGCCACGCCUACACCUACGCCGCAUCCCCAUCCGCAUCCGCAGCUGCAGGAAUUCCAAUCGCGGCAGCAUUCGCGCAAGGCCAAGCAGCGGCAGGCGCAGUCCCAGUCCCAGGCCCAGCCCCAAGCUGCUGCGGCUGCAGGAGGCAACUCACUGCCCGUGCAGCGCAACAAGGAUCGCUACACGUGCAAGUUCUGCGGCAAGGUCUUUCCGCGCUCCGCCAAUCUCACCCGGCACCUGCGCACCCACACGGGCGAGCAGCCCUACAAGUGCAAGUACUGCGAACGUUCCUUCAGCAUCUCCUCGAACCUGCAGCGGCACGUGCGCAACAUCCACAACAAGGAGCGCCCGUUCAAGUGCGAGAUCUGCGAGCGCUGCUUCGGCCAGCAGACGAAUCUCGACCGGCAUCUCAAGAAGCACGAAUCGGAUGCGGUCUCGCUGAGCGCCCUGAGUGGGGUCAGCGAGCGCAUGCAUUGCAUUCGACGCUUCUGCGAGAAUCCCAAUGAGGAGUCCUACUUCGAGGAGAUACGCACGUUCAUGGGCAAGGUCACGCAGCAGCAGCAGCAGCAGCAGCAACAGCAGCAGCAACAGCAGCAACAACAGCAGCAGCCACAGUCACUGCCAUUGGCAACAUCACGCAGCUCCGCCUCGUCCAGCUGCUCCGCCUCGCACACGCCCACAUCCUCGCAUACGCCCACGCAGUCGGAGUCAGCGGAAACGCUGGCACAGGAGCUGCGCCGGCUGCAGACGGAGCGAGCCAAGUCGGGCGACGACAGCAGCGAGGAGCAACCGCAGCAGGAGCAGCAGCAGCAGGAGGAGGAGCAACUGACGCGACAGCUGGAAGCAGAGGCCGAGGAGUCCAAGUGCAUAUUGCAGCUGAAGAAGACGCUUGCCUCCAAACUAUUUCCCACAACAACUACAACAACAACAGCAGCAGCAGCAGAGGGAGCAGCAACGGAAACACCAACGGUCAAGGAGGAGCCCUGAAGGUCCCUCAGCCUCACAUCGUAGCCAAUCCUGAAGCAGAUGACAACAAUUUCCUAUACGGUAGAAGCGAGCAGCGAAACAACACAAAA